AUGGAGAAAGAGGAAGAGAUAGAUAUUAAAGAAAUGUUAGAACUACAACUGGCAGAAGUAGAAAUGUUAAAGAGUAUGUUUCCACAGAAAGGAGAGUUUGUACUAGAUGAUGAAUAUGCUGUCAGAGAGAUUCAGGCCUAUGUUGAUGGAGAUAUACUACUAGAUAGCCCUGAGAGUAGGAUUGGAUUUACAGUUCAUAUAACAACAGAGAAGUACCCUGUAGAAUUAGUAGUUCAUCUACCUCAUGAAUACCCAGCUGUUUAUCCAGAAACCUUUCUCCGUACUCAAAACACAACGCGAGAGAGCAGUCGUCGGUUAAAUGAUGAUCUGAGUGAAUGUAUGCAGAGUUUGGAAAAAGGAGAAAUUUGUGUGGGAACGUUAAUACAAUGGGUUCAAGAAAAUGUUGAGAAUUAUUUUACGGAGGUACAGAUUGAAAAAACUGAAAAAUCAUCUGAUAAAAUAGACACAACCUUUUCUCGAUUGUGGAUUUACAGUCAUCAUAUCUAUAGCAAAUUUAAACGCCGUGAUAUAUUAGAUUGGGCCCAGGAGUUAAAACUAACAGGCUUUUCAAUGCCAGGGAAACCAGGAGUAAUGUGUGUUGAAGGAUACAGCAGUAUUGUUGAGGAAUUUUGGUAUCGCAUUCGUAGAAUGAAUUGGAAAAAAAUUGCUGUAAAAGAAAAGGAAGAUUUUGAAAUAGAUCCUAAUGAAGGAAUUGAUAAAUAUAAAAAAUUCUCAGAUUUUCAAGAGUUAUCAUUUGAUGUGCAAGCUGGUAAAGCAAGAGAAUAUCACAUGAAUUUAGGAAAAUUUUUUGAUUAUUUAGUAAAACAUGAUUCUAAACAUAUUUUUCCUCUCUAUUUUGGAGUUGAAGGAAAAUCUGCACCGGAAUAG